UUUUUUUUGGUGGACGAUCGAAGAAAUUGACGGGAGAAAAGUGAUGGCACCACCACCACCAACAAAACACUCACCAAAUAUCAGAGCAGGUCAACAACACCACAGGACAUAACUCAAGAUACCCUCAAACCAUCACACACCCGGUAUGAGUCAACAGCCAAACAUCGUCACCACCACUCAAGUCGGCCCUAGAGGUAUCCCAGAGGCUCUGUUCAUCGAUAAUGUCGAAGAGUACUUAGGUGGACCGGAUGUAGAGAUCGAACCUGCUCUACAAGCUUGGCAACAAAUGAUUGGGAAGUACCAAUUCAUGGAAAAGAGUACACUACAGAAGCAGUUAGGAUUCGAGGAGAAGAUCCCCGAACUGGAACGGACAUUAGAAGCUGUAGAGCUAUUGCAACAGAAGAAGGAAGCUAGUGAGACACUAGAGACUCACUUCGAAUUGGCGGAUACGGUGUACACCAGCGCAGUUGUAGAGCCCGUUGAAGAAGUAUAUCUAUGGCUUGGCGCAAACACCAUGCUCGCAUACCCGCUAUCAGAGGCUAGGGAGCUGCUAAAGAAUAAGAUCGACUCGGCCAAAUUAAAGUUAGAGGAAGUCUCGGAGGAACAGGCCUAUCUGAGGAACCAGAUCACCACCACCCAGGUCAACAUUGCUAGGGUCUUUAAUUGGGACGUCAAGAGACGCAAAGAACGCCGCGCUAAAGAGUCGGAGAAUAAUCCUAAAACUACUUGAAUCAUCUGGUAAGAGUCGGAGAAUAAUCCUAAAACUACUUGAAUCAUCUGGUCGUGGAGCAGGAUGCCUGCUGUCUGCUUGCUUCGUUCCUGUUUGCCUAUAGUAAAAUUAAUGUUUAUCGUCGAUUGCCACCUGAGCUUGGGAGCCGGCGGAUUGAUCCAAACUGACCAUGUACUAUUUGCUUGUGAAUGAUUGAAAGCCAAAUGCAUAGCAAAAGGACCCCGGCAAGCCCUAGGAUGGGGGGUGUUGAAAAACUCCAAAUUUCGGCAAAAUUCAUACCUGGGGGCCCCGUGGG